AUGUCUGGAACCCUUCACCAAUGGGACUACCUGUUCGCCAUUGGCCUCAUCUUCUCUGCUCUCGAUGCGUUCAUGAUCGGAGCAAACGAUGUCGCCAACAGUUUUGCGACGUCCGUCUCUUCCAAGUCCCUUACCCUGCGCCAGGCUUGCUUGGCUGCCGCUGUCAUGGAAUUCCUUUCUAAUGGUUUUAUUCACCCGCUUUUUUCUCAGGGCGCGGUUCUGGUCGGUGCUCGUGUGACCAGUACCAUUAAGGACGGCAUCGUACCUGCCUCCGUUUUCGACAACAAUGCUGGUGUACAACUGCUUGGUUUCACCUGUGCCAUUGUUGCCUCUGCUUCAUGGUUGUCCCUUGCCACCCGCUUGUCGUGGCCCGUGUCCACCACCUAUUCUAUCGUCUCCGCCGUCAUUGGCGUCGGAAUUGCUGCUGAUGGCUGGGACGCUCCCCGAUGGGGAUGGAAUAAUGGCAAGGGUAUUGCCGCCAUCUUCUCUGGCCUCGUCAUUGCGCCCGCUCUCUCUGCCUCCUUCGGCAUUGUUCUCUUCCUCUUUGUCAAGUUUGCCGUCCUCCUCCGAUCCAAUCCAACUCGAUGGGGUCUCAUCACCUCCCCUAUCAUCUUCUUCCUUGUCGGUGCUGUCCUGACCAUGUCCAUCAUUUUCAAGGGCUCUCCCAGCUUGGGUCUAAAGAAUAUGGAGCCUGGCCCUCUCGCCGCUGCCGUCCUCGGAACUGCCUCUGUCGUUGCUCUCCUCUCCAUCCUCUUCUGGCUCCCAUACGUUCAUGCCAAAGUGGUUAAGAAAGAUUACACCCUUCGCUGGUAUCACUUCUUCCUCGGUCCUCUCCUGUGGAAGCGACCCCCUCCUCCCGAUGCCGGUUCCGUCUCUGCCGUUCCUGACUACCGCAUCCGAGACGUUAACGAGCUCGACGGUCAGCACCAAGCCCCUCUCGAAGCUGAAACCGACUCUGAAAAGGCUAGCAACCUGAAGGAAAAGGACAUCGACUCUCAAGAACCCACUCGAGAGCAAAUUCACCCCAGCGCCCUCGCCGACGAAGUCGAGAAGCACCCGAUCGAAGGCGCCUGGGCCGAACCCAAAAACCUCUGGAUCAUCCUCCGCUACCGUGCCUUCCCCUUCAUCAAGAAGUUCCUCACCCACGGAACCUCCGUCGACAUUCACGCCCUCCAGCAACAGAAGCAGAACGCUGCUACUGCCAAGCACAUUGCCGAUGUUCACGCCCGUGCCCGUCAAUUCCCCAACGAGACCGAGCACCUCUACUCCUUCAUGCAAGUCUUCACCGCCUGCGUUGCCUCAUUUGCCCACGGUGCCAACGAUGUUUCUAACGCCAUUGGUCCCUUCUCCGUCAUCUACCACACUUGGAAGACCGGUGAGAUGGCCGACAAGACCCCGGUCCCUGUUUGGGCUCUCGCUUUUGGGGGUGCUAUGCUCGUUUUGGGUCUUGCUCUUUACGGCUACAACAUCAUGCGUGUCCUCGGUAACCGCAUCACCCUACACUCCCCCUCUCGCGGUUUCUCCAUGGAACUUUCUGCCUCUAUCACUGUCAUCCUUGCCUCUCAGUUCGGUAUCCCCGUCUCCACCACGAUGUGCAUCACUGGUGCCACCAUUGGCGUCGCGCUUUGCAACGGUGACUUUUGGGCUACCAACUGGCGGGCCAUUGGUUGGAUCUAUAUUGGAUGGAUCGCUACUGUCCCUAUUGUCUCCACUCUUAGCGGGUGCUUGAUGGGUAUUCUCCUCAACGCUCCUCACUUCUAA